AUGGCAUCAUUCAUUUUCGAUAUUUUCUAUUCAACUUAUGCUACUUAAAUUAAUAAAGAUUAAUCAGACUAAAGCUAAAUUGUAGCUGAGUUAGAGAAUUAAGAAAAAAUUAAGGAGAAUAUUGAUUAAGUUCCAAAUAUAUGGAUUAAAAUUUCUACAAAAGUAGUAUGCAGUUUAGUUCUUUUAUUCUUCUUAAUUUAUGAGAUUAGACAAAUCAGAGUUUAAAGAAGAUAAUAUUUCAAUGAUGGAUGGAACUUCUUCGAUUUUUCUCUUAUUACAGCGUUUACAGCAUUUUGUAUAUUCGACUUUAUAAGUGAUAAUCAAGAUAACUUAAUCUUGAUCAAAAUUCUAGUGAUUGUUUUAACUUUCAUGAAGCUAUUUUUCUUUCUGAGAAUUUUUGAUGGGUUUAGUUUCUUAGUGCAAAUGAUGGGCGGUGUCUUUAAGGAUUUAAAAUACUUCUUGAUCUUUUUCAUCAUUUUUAUCCUACAGUUUGGCAUGAUAUUCUUAGUCCUAUUCAAAGCUAAAUAGGUCGAUGAAUACAAUGGAGUGAAUAAAUUGUCUUACUUUUUAAUGGCAUUUAGAAUAUCAUCGGGUGACUUCCAGCUCGAAGAUUAUCAUAAUUAAGAUGAUGGAAUAGUCAUUUUUACAUGGAUUAUCUGGAUAAUUGCUGUUUUGAUUUUGAAUAUCGUGUUUAUGAACUUUAUCAUUGCUGUGAUAUCAGAGUCAUAUGAGAGGGUCAUGUAGAAACUUGUAACUGAAUCAUAUAGAGUUAAAGCAAACAUGAUUGUAGAGCGGGAAUAACUACUCAAUUAAAAUGAUUUGUCAAGUAAUAAGUAUUUCCCUAAUUUUAUUGUCGUCAGAAGACCCUUAAAUACUGAGAUUGAUGAUGCUGGGGAAUGGUAGGGAUUUAUCAAGGACCUGAAGUACACAAUAAGAACUAGUGUAGCUAAGUCUAAAGGAGAAUUAAUUCAAAACCUUCAUUCUAUUUAAACCUUGAACUAAUAAAAUAACCAAAAACUUGAGAAAAUUAAUGAAGCAUUACAACUCACUUCUAAAAAUCUAAGUACUAAUGAGGGUAAUGAAUAACAAUUUAAUUAAUAAUUGAAAACGCAGCUAGAUGAAAAUUAGGAGAAUGUUAAAAAUGACUUCUAAUAAUUGAAAGAGGAAGUAAAAGGACUUGAUACCAAGGUUGAUGGACUCGAAACUAAAGUAGAUAGUCUUGAUUCUAAAGUUGAUGGACUAGACACUAAAGUUGAUGGACUAGACACUAAAGUUGGAGGGCUUGACUAAAGAGUUCGUAGCAUUCAAGAUGAUACGGAGUUCAUAAAGACUUCUUUGAAGUAGCUGCUUCAAAAAUAUGAACAGUGA